ACUAUGCGUACCGUUUAUUUAGGAAAUAUGGCACCUGAUACUCAAGUUUCAGAUAUCUUGGAUCAAGUACGUUCUGGUGUUAUCGAAAUUGUACGUCCUUUACCAGAAAAGAACUGUAUCUUUCUCACUUUUGUUGAUGCUACUGCUGCUGCUCAUUUUUGUCAUGAAUUCUCAAGUCGUCCUUUUAAUAUCAAUGGCGUAGAACUCAAAAUUGGAUGGGGAAAACCAAGUACUUUACCUACCAAUAUUCGUCUUGCUUUACAAAAUGGUGCCAGUCGAAAUGUAUUUUUGGGUUCUUUAGAUGAAACUGUGAAUGAAGAUGUGAUUCGUGAAGAUUUGAAACGCUUUGGUACUGUUGAACAUGUCCGACUGAUUCGUGAAAAGAAUAUCGCCUUUGUCCAUUUUUUGUCUAUUGCCAAUGCUAUCAAAUGUGUUACCAGCUUACCAACUGAAGGGGAAUGGCAAAAUCGUCGGGUCUACUACGGAAAGGAUCGAACAUCUACACCAUCAUCUCAUCAUCCUCAUCUUCAAAUUCAUCCUAAUCAAACAGCAACACUCAUACCAGCUUUAACAUCUGUACAUGGAGAUAUGACUAUUUAUCAUCCUCAUCCGACAAACAAUGGUGGGAAUGGCUUAACUGGUGUGGCAAAUCGUACAAUAUAUUUAGGCAACAUUCAUCCAGAUACAACAUGUGAAGAAAUAUGUAAUGUCAUUCGAGGAGGUAUACUUAGUCAAAUUAGAUACAUGGUGGACAAACAUAUUGCGUUUAUUGCGUUUGUGGAUCCUGUUUUGGCCCUUCAUUUUUAUACUCAAGCAAGUUAUCAUGGUAUUGUUAUCAAAAGUCGACGACUCAAGAUUGGUUGGGGCAAACCUUCCAGUUUACCAGGAGCUGUCAUUCAAGCUGUACAAAAUGGUGGCUCUCGCAAUGUAUACCUUGGGAAUAUGGAUGAUAGCAUGACGGAAGAAAAACUUAAGCAAGAUUUUUCUGAGUAUGGGGAUAUUGAAUUGGUCAACACUCUCAAGGAAAAGAACUGUGCUUUUGUCAACUUUACAAGUAUUGCUGCUGCUAUGCGUGCUAUUGAAGGGAUACGGACAAAGGAAGAAUACAAACGAUUCAGAAUCAAUUAUGGAAAGGAUCGUUGUGGCAAUCCACCUCGAUCU